UGCGAUAUCUGGUAGCCUGGCCUCUCCACUUAUCACGCUCAUAUUUGGUAGGCCUCACACCUACACCCAUGUCACUACCCGUUCGUCCGCGUAGCCUGUAGAAGACGGACCCAGCAUCUUCUCCCUCCCAUCGAUGCUUUCGUCAUAUCUACCAACAGCUGUUAGCUGGACUCUGUCUGCGAAAGCUGCUGUUUCACGUGAUUCAGGCAACGUCGAGCACUAGUUUCUCGCUAGGGCUCAACAGCCACAGUAAAGGGAUCGCAGAUAAUCAGGCUUCCCUGCGUCAGCCGCUACAUUCAAAUAAUCUCCAGUUUCCUCUAAUCUGAUCUUUGAUGCUGAGCGUUAACUUCGGAGGAUAUCGGGACAUUCAGAUUCUCCCUCUCCUCAACCACUGAAUUUUGAGUCGACUCAAAAAGUCUCCUCAACCGCUGAAUUCGUGCGAAGCUUGAAAAAGGCAGGCCGUGGAACGAAGCGCACGAGCUGAAAUGAAUUCCCGUGCAUCGCUCGCCUUACUGCUCCUUCUCACCUUAUCCUCAGGGUCAUGGUUGGCCUUAGCCGCCAGCAAGUCGGCAGGCCUGUCUGACGGAGCCACGUGCUACUACGACAAGAACUACACCCCCAUGAAGCCCUUCUGCAAGCGAGACUUCGGGUGUUUGGUGACCAAGGUGGUUCGCAACUCGCCGCAUUUCAAGUUCAAGGGAGUAUGCGCCUCCGAUGUUCCACUGGACCAGAUCACGAAGAAAUUCUGCAUGUUUCGCUCGGUGAUGUUCGCGCCGGGGACAAGCGGCAUCACGGCGACGUCCAUGGUGUCCGCACUGCACGUGCCGGCUGCUCAAGGACGGCCCGUCGUGCCUGUGCCCCCUGGGCAAGCAGUGCAAGCAGGACGCGCUGGGGCGGUGGAAGGACGGCAUGCGAUGCAGAGACACCCGGCAGAACCAGUGUGAAAUCUCAAGGGUGGUCAACGGCACGCACAUCGGCAAUUGCAUCAACCCUGCUCAGGGUCCCAACGAGUGCAUCAGUGCAGGGCCGGGGUGGGGUCCAAUCUUUGUGAAGAACAGGGCGCACAACAUGAUCAAGACUGGCGACCUCUGCCAGCGCUGCUCCUGCACUAAAGGGCAGUUUGCCAGCUGCAAACCCGUCCCUGGAUGUGUCAUGUGUGUGCCCAAGAGUCCAAGCAACGUCAAGCAACAGUGUAGCCAGUGCUGCAGCAAGGCGACCACACCCGAGGCAGUGGAGUUGUGUGAAACAGCCUGCAACAGGGUCAUCCGAUAGCCUUCUGAGAAUUGACUUUGCUUUAAGCCUUCCGUCUCAUCUUGAAUCAGAUGAGCUGACAUGCCAGCCUACGUUUGUCAUGACAUUGUGAAUAACUGCCAUCCCUGGCUCUCCUUGAGCCCUAAUUAUUAUCACGGUAUGUUUGACGCAUAGCGAUAGUGGACCUCUAUAGCAGGAUUGCAAGCCCCCCAUCGGCAAUUUUUGAAGUUGCAUGCAUGUCGUUUGUGCUUUUAUGA